GGCUUUUCAAAGAACUGUGUCCUCCUCUUCUUCGUCUAGUUCGUCACUUCUUGUGAGUAAUGACAGUGCCAGUGGAACUGGAGGUGCUGCAAGUCAACGACAACGUGUUAAACCGCAACACGGAAGAGGCUCUUCUAGUGCUGGAGGAGGACCCUCGUGCUACGGUAGCAAAGAAAGACUCGUCCUUGAUCACCUGACGCAAAGAAGGCAUAGUCACGUCGUAUCUAACGGUCAUCUGAUGCAAAGAAGGCAUAGUCACGUCGUAUCUUACGGCUACCGCUGGAGCAGCAUCCUCAACGUCAUCCUUGCCCUCUUUUUCAAAGGGAAAAGUGAACCGGGGAAGGAUGCACGCAGGGAUGCGAGCGCGGCGGUAGCUCUAAGUAUCCAAUACAUCUUCUUCAGGACUGUCGAACACAUCCUCCUCUCUUGGGAGUUCUGUGGCGAACUCUUCAGCCCCUUCGCCUUCAUUCUUGGAAAAGACUUCGCCUUCUUUCAUAGAGAAAAACCGAAACAAUAACAAAAAAAAUAGAGGCAAUGGACCAAGAGCAAAGGUUUCUCCACAAGGGGGCUCUACUUUCUUAGCAGCUGUUUCGUACGAGGUAGACGCUGGUGGCGUCGGGGAUGCAAGAAGAGAGACAGCUCACGAGCAGGUACGAAAUCUUCGUCAUGAUGUGAAAGCAACACCAACAGGUGGGAGCGUUGGUAGUAGUGGAAUUACUGAUGGGAAACAAGGUGGACCUGCGACGGCAGGACAUCAUAGAGGUACUAACGAGCAGGAGAAAACACGAGACGCUAAACGUCGGGCGUGGAUAGAGAACUCAG